CAUCAACAAAAAAGCUGACAUUAUGAAAACUUUACACAAUAUCAGCAGAGUUUGCGAAGCAAUGUCAUGCAGCUCCAAAUAGUAAAAUUUUUUAGUUCGAAUUUGAGAAAUGUUUCUUGACUGAGUUUAAUUCCUUUUGAAUGAAGCGGCCCUUUGCCAACAUUACCGUUAUGCAGAAAAUGGCUGCCAGGGAGGAUCCCGUUUAUCUUCUGAGCGACACAAAGAAGGAAGGCUACGUGCGGGUGCGUGUCGAAAUCCAAGGUUUGAAGGCUAAAAAACUUACUUUAAUAGAAAAAUUUACUGGAGGAAAGCGAACUGAGGCAAAGAAUGGAACGGUUCUGUGCCAUUUUCAGGACAGAGGAUUCAGACUUGAAGUGCAAGGAGAUGGGAAAAAACUAACUGAUGAAACAUUUGAACGUCUUCAUCUACCAUAUGACAUCGAUACUGAGACAUCUUAUUGGGAGACAGAGGAUAAUUUUGUCAACAUCUUUCUUAAAAAAGCCGAUGAUAAAGAUGAUUGGUCACCAUUCAUAGAAAGUGGAAAGUUGGAAGCUGAAUGAAAAAAGUAUAAGUAUAUAGCAAAUGAUCUAAAGAUGAGUAAGAUAUUGAAUCAGGACUUUGAGUUUGAGAUCGAUUUCAGGCUUUUGGCAUUUGACCCCAAAAUGUGAAGAAUAAGUACGUUGUGUGAGUUUAUCAUGAAGUCUUUGGUUAAAAAUGUCACAUAAGUGUGACCAGGACCACAAUCAAAUGUACCUGUUGUUUGUGCUGACAUGUCUUUUUGCAUAUUUUACCUUGCAUAAAAAACAAACAAACAAACAAAAGAGCAUUAUUAUCACAUAUUGUUCAUGAAUUAUUGUUCAUUCUUAAUUUUCAUAUUUUUUGUGUUCCUGUAUAGUGAUCUAUACUUUCAGUUUCUAGUCACAGCAGCAAAAUCAAGUUUCUCUUGUUUUCUUGCAAUGAGGACAGCUUUUUGUCCAUUUGGUAAUAUAUUCUGCAUCCCUAAGCAAAAGAGAAAACAUAUAAAUGUUUUUGUACAUGCAUAUAUGUCUACAGGUUUGUAUAUUUCUAAUUGCAUUAUGCAUGUUCACUUUUUUCUAAGUACAUUUGACUUUUUUUUAACAAUUUCCCUUUCCCAAAUCCUUGGUGUUUAAAGUAACAUGUGUUAUAUUUUUAAAGCUAAGAAAAUCCUUGUGUUUUAUUUUUAAAAGUAUAGAGUAUUCAAACUAUUUUAGUUGUUUUCGAAUCUGCUCAAAGUAUACCUGACAGUAAAAUAAAGAUUGACCCAGUUAUGUUAUAAUUCAAUUUAAUGGGUAGGUUAACCUUUUCAUGUUGCUUGCAACUAAAAAUAAUACAGAAGACGGUGUGCUCACUGAGAAGUUGAUGGAGAAAGAAUGAGCUCGGUUAUCUUGCAUAGUAUUAUGAAGAAGGGACUAAUUUUCCUUUUGGUCCAAAUUGUCAUGAAAGAUAUCUGAUAAAUUUUUAAAGGGCUUUAACUUCCUGCUUUUGUGCCAAAUAAACUUAAACAGCAGUGAGUUUCUGAAACGAUUAUGAAAACACUCAAGAUUUAAGAAAAAUUUGUAUCAAAAAUGGCAUGUAAAAUCAACUGUUUCUUAAAGAUUUUUUUUUAAUAGCUGUUUUUGCUAUUUUUAGUCAUUAAUAGGUUGUAUAUUUAUACACAUUAACAUAACUAGUCAAACCUAUUGAUGACAGCAAAAUUGUUUGGUAUUACAUGUGAUUUGGAGAGUUUACAAGUGCAUUUAUACCAUUGCCUUAUUGUGUUCAUGAACUUGUUCUAUUUGUUCUAUAAUUUGCUAUUUUUGUGUGAUUUACAAGUGCAAGUUUGAGAUAACUAGUAUACAUAUUUGGUUGUUGCAAGACUAAGGAUAUCUGAAAAGUUAUGGCAAUCACAUGAGGGUUUUUUUAAGCUACUGAUUCUCUAUCAGUUCUGUUAUUCUAUAUUUUCCAUUAAAAAAUGAAUUGAUGUAAAUUUUUACACCAGAUUAUUGAUGUUUAGCUCUCUGUGUACAUUUUGCAAAAGCUUUAUAAAUAAUAAAAAGAAAUGUUUUUAAAUUACUUACAAAUUAAUGUUUUACUAAGUAUAAUAGGGGCAAUAGUUAACUUCCACAGACUGUGUUUAACUGGCUUUCCUUGAUAUUUUGCAGUAGAGGUGCUCUGUUGGGAAGAGUUUUAUGUACCCCAAGGGAAAGGGAAAAAGAUAACAUGACCUAUCUCAGCCUGAUAUUCAGUCAGAUUACAUUGCAACACUGACUUUCACUGCAGGCAUCCCAGCUCUUGUGUUUAUUCAACGAGAAAAAGUUUUAUCUUGUGCUAGUGCAGUCACUAACCACUGUAAAAACAAAAUAUUUACUCUAUUAAGUUGUGUAAAAAUAAUGUGUCCUAUUUCUUACUCUCUAACGAUUAUUUAAUGCUGUCUCACACCCUCUAACAGUUUUAGCUAACUCAAGUUACAUUGUAUAAUACUGCAUUUAUAUUAUUUAUUUCAACAGCUUUAAAAGGAAUAAUAAGGAAAUAAUUUUAAUAAGGACUUCCUUCCCUUCUCUUCCUCUCCCUUGUUCACUCUCUACAAUCCGUGCCAGGUUUCAAGUGGGUUUUUUUUUUUUAAGUCUUCAUAUUCAUCAAACACAUUCUUCAGUACUUUAACCCUUUCUCAGUAAAGUGUAAAAACUAGUCGUAUAAACUACAGUUUCUAGCUCUCAAUCUGAUGUUUCUCUGUUCGUGUCAUUCAUAUUUAGGUUUUGGUGGCUUGAUGUAUUGCCUAAGUUGUUUUAUGCACCAUCAAUGUGAUGAAGUGAUGAUAUUAUUUAUGUAACAUUAUUUGUAUAUUUACAUAUAGUUUUUGACUUUAGCCACAGUUUUUGAUUGGUUGGUGAGGUAAGGAGUCUCCUUGAACUAUGCGGGAAUUUGACAAACACUUUUAGAUCAAACUUUACCACACCACACAACUCCACACAUAAGUGGUUUGUAUUACUGUAAUUGUGCAUUUCUCCUUUUAUGAAUCUUAAAUCUUUUCCAUACACA